GGAGCAGCUUCUGGAGGGCCGGGGGCCCCAUUUACUGCUGACGCCAGCCUGGCUUCUGCAUCCGGGAGGCAAGAGCCCCCUCUGAGAUUUGGGUGGGUCUCAGCCCAGCACCCGGCAUGGCGGGGGGGACCUCUUCAUCUGACCCGAAGCCCGGGAAGGCCUGAUUCCUCCCUCUCCUUGAGGUGAACAAUCUGCCCCUCCUGGUGUGGGGGUUCGGGGGGCGCCUGUCGGGGACCUGGCCGGGACCAGCAGGAGGGCGUCUGACCCUGUCCACCCUGACACCCCCGUGGCCGAGUGCUUAGGGGUGGGGGCCCUGGUUCCCUAUGAACUAAGGCAAGUUACGUGAGGCUCCUGGACCUCGGUUUCCUCAUCUGUAAAAGGGGGUAGUCAGGGUACCCACAGAGAGGGCCCCGACUCAGUUGCCGCUGAGCUGUUCUGGGGUUGCCCGCGGGCCACAAGAACAGGGCGACCUCUGCCCAUGUAGAUCAAAGGCACUGCCCCCCGCUCUCCCAGGCCUGGUGGGAGAGCGCGGCAGGAGGUGCGGACCUCGGGAAGAAGUAAGGUCUUAAGUCCCUUGGACAGAUGUCACCUGGAGAGUGAGAGGGACUGAGCCGAGCAGAGGGCCUCCUUUAGGGGAGAAGCCUGGGAGAGCUCUGGUCCCCGGGGUCAUCUCCGCCCCCGCCCGGGAAGUGCUGUUCCCCAGCAGGGGACAUGAGGCACAGGGGUGGAGGGGCUUGCUGGGGCCCCCACGUGUGCUGUCCCUGAGGGGCAGUCUGUGUGCGUGACCUGAUGGGCAUAGCCACUCACCCCGCGUCUGUCUGGGGCCCGGAAUUUUAGUUUCGGUUUCCAGACGGAUCGCAGCUGCUGGUCGUUUUUGCCCGUGGCAGUGACCGUGCUCGUGCGACCGACCGUCUGUAAGAGCGUCUUUAUUUCUGGACACCGUGGCCACUCAGCAUGUCCCAGCGACACUCGGACAGCUCCCUGGAAGAGAAGCUGCUGGAAUACCGCUUCCACUCCGAGCUGCGGCUCGAUGCCAGGGGGAACCCGGCAUCCGGGCUCCCCAUGGUGCGGGGCGCCCUGCAGCUCAGGGACAACGAAGGCUUCCAGCUCGAUACCCCGGUGCCCCCCGCUGUGUCCCCUAAGGACGAGGAGCCACGGGCUGUCGUCCUGAGCACGCAGAGCCCCGCUGCCCUCAAGAUGGGCACUCAGCAGCUGAUCCCCAGAAGCCUGGCCGUGUCGAGCAAGGCCAAGACCCCGGCCCGCCACCAGAGCUUCGGGGCGGCCGUGCUCAGCAAGGAGGCCGCCCGGCGGGACCCCCGGCUCCUGUCAGCCCCCAGCUUCUCCCUGGACGACAUGGACGUGGACGCGGGCCCCGGGGGGGCGCUGAGACGAAACCUACGGAACCGAUCCUACCGGGCGGCCAUGAAGGGCCUGGAGGCGCCGGGCGGGGAGAGGGGCCCCCUCCAGCUCAGCCCCAAGCUCCAGGCCCUGGCAGAGGAGCCCAGCCAGCCUCCCGCUCGGUGCCCGGCCAAGAAUAAGAGGACGCUGGGGCGGAAACGUGCACACAAGGGCUCCUUCAAGGACGACCCCAGGUUCUACCAGGAGAUCCGGGAGCGGGGCCUCAACACCAGCCACGAGUCUGACGACGACCUGCUCGACGAGCCGUCCAGCCCCGACGGAACCGGGAAGGCGGACGCCCCCAUCGUGGUCAAGAGCUACCGGCCGGCGCAGAUCACCUGGAGCCAGCUCCCGGAGGUGGUGGAGUCCGGCAUCCUGGACAGGCUGCCUGCUGAGGAGCGCAAGAGGCAGGAGGCCAUCUUUGAGAUCCUCACGUCAGAGUUCUCGUACCAGCACAGCCUGGGCAUCCUGGUGGCCGAGUUCCUGCAGUCCGGGGAGCUGCAGGCAACGAUGACCCAGAUGGAGCGUCAUCACCUCUUCUCCAACAUCCUGGACGUCCUGAGCGCCAGCCAGAGGUUUUUCGAGGCCCUAGAGCAGCGGCACAAGGCGCAGGUGUGCGUGGAGGACAUCAGCGACAUCCUGGAGGAACACGCGGAGAAGCAUUUCCACCCCUACGUCGCCUACUGCUCCAACGAGGUCUACCAGCAGCGCGCCCUGCAGAGGUUGAUGAGCAGCAAUGCCGCCUUCCACGAGGCCCUGAGGGAGAUCGAGAAGCGUCCCGCGUGCGGGGGUCUCCCCAUGAUCUCCUUCCUCAUCCUCCCCAUGCAGAGGGUGACCCGGCUGCCCCUCCUGACGGACACCCUCUGCCUCAAGAGUCAGGGCCACCCUGAGAGGUACAAGGCCGCCAGCCGUGCGCUCAAGGCCAUCAGCAAGCUGGUGAGACGGUGCAACGAGGGAGCCCACAAGAUGGAGCGCACAGAACAGAUGUACACCCUGCACACGCAGCUGGACUUCGGCAAGGUCAAGUCCCUCCCGCUGAUCUCUGCCUCCCGCUGGCUGCUGAAGCGUGGGGAGCUCUCUGUGGUGGAGGAAACCGGGCUUUUCCGAAAACUGGCCAGCCGGCCCACGUGCUACCUGUUUCUGUUCAACGACGUCCUGGUGGUCACCAAGAAGAAGAGCGAGGACAGCUUCGUGGUGCAGGACUACGCCCAAGUGGACCACAUCCGGGUCCAGAAGACGGAGGCCUCCGACCCCUCCCUGCUGGGGGGCGGCGGCAGCCGCGGCUCCUCCGUGCCGCACCCCUUCCAGGUGACCCUGCUGCACAACAGCGAGGGCCACCAGGAGAAGAUCCUGCUGUCGUCCGACUCCGCGAGUGACCGGGCCCGCUGGAUCGUGGCGCUCACACGCAAGGAGAGGCAGAGUCCCGCCAACAAAGGAGACCUGCCCCAGGUGGAGGUCACCAAGGCCUAUCUGGCCAAGCAGGCGGACGAGAUCACCCUGCAGCAGGCGGAUGUGGUCCUGGUUCUGGAGCAGGAAGACGGAUGGUUCUACGGCGAGAGGCUGAGAGAUGGGGAGACGGGCUGGUUCCCCGAGGACUUCGCCCGAUGCAUCACCAGCCGCGUGGCCGUGGAGGGCAACGUGCGCAGAAUGGAGCGCCUGCGCGUGGAGACAGACGUGUAGCCCGCUCUGCCCGGUGAUUCGAGGGGCGCAGAUCCACCGGCCCCCAGGAGCCUGACAGCCCGCGGGUCUCCCGAGGCGCUGGGGGCUGCAGUGCCGGCUGCAGACACAUCCGGUGGGAAGCUCGCACGCGCCGUCCCCCCCGGGGGCCACCCUCCCCCAAGCUGUCAGGGCCAUGCCAGCUUGGCCCCACGUCUCCCACACGUCCUGCACCCACCGCACCGCCAUGCAGGGCACAUGACUGGACGCAGGACAUGGCCCGGCUCCUCCCUCGCCUCUCCUGCCCCCCACGUGGGACCGAGGGCCCCACUCUCUGAGAGGAGGUCCCGCCUGAGGGAGCGGACUCUGGUGCCAGUGCUGAAAUCCUGACUGAGGUUUUCACAGACAUUAAAGAAAGUAUUUCUUUAGCUCCUGGAUUUCCAUGGGAGCCUGCGCCUCGGGGAAGGCCAGGGCAGUCCCUGCAACAUCCCCAGAGUGCCACCAGCCAGGACCGGCUCCCCGCGCGUAGUCACCUGGGCCGGGUCCCGGGGGCGUGUCCGCCCCCCCCCCCACUUCCUGAUCACCCGUGCUCGUCUGUGGCCUUGGCCGGACUGUCCGCCUGGAGCUUGGUGAGCGAGGCCAGUGGCUCCUGACCCCUGUCCCCACACACUCCUUUGCUGGCUAGUGGGCUCCGUCUGGCUAGUGGGUCUGGGGGCUCUUCUGGGAUGUCCCACCAACCCCCGCCUCCCUCAGGGCCCAUCUGUCCCCCCAGGACCUGGACGUGCAGGUGGGGAAGUCUGUCCACACCCAGGGCCCCCUCGGCUCGGGCAGUGCUGUCCUUGGGGUGGGGGCUCCCAUUAUGACAAGAAUCUGCCCAGGUCCCGCUGGAGCUCCGGUCUGAAAGCCAGGGGGGCGGCUCCACACUCCCAGCCAGAAGGGGGUGAUCGGGCAGGCCCUGAGCUGUGCCUCUCCCGGUCCUAGGCCCGGCCAGGUGGGGAGGGGAGGCCGGCCUGAGCCAGUUGGAGGGCCCGGUGGGGAUGAGCUGUCCCAGCUCUGCCCACCGAAUGGGGUUGGGGGAGAAAUAUAGUGCCAGGAGGGGUGAGCACCUCCUCCCCACCGAUCUCCAGGGUGACCUCCGUGGUCACAGGCGGUCGGAAGGACCAGGCCUAGGUCAGAGCCCAAGCAGGGUCUGGGGUCCCGGGCAGGGAUUUUACACGACCAGAGGGCAGUGGGACAGCGGCAGGGUCCAGUCACUGGAGUCAGCCCCCCGUAGCUCCUGCCACUAACUGCACAGGUGGGAAUCUGGGACCUCGACUUGCCCACCUGUGAGCUGGGUUAACUCCCGGCUCUUUUCCCAGAACUGCUGUGCGGGCAAGCUGGCUGCGGAGGCCGGGCGUGUGCACACGCGUGUGUGUGUGUCAGGCAGGGGUGGGGGCAGCUUUCUGUGUAAGCCCAGCUACCCCGAAGGAAGCCCGCCUGCUCAUUCUCCCCACCGACCCCCGAGCUCCUGGGAAGGGCAGACCUGUCCACUGCCCGCCCUCUGCCAGGUACCUUUCCAGUUAAUGGAGCAAAGAGGGUUUGCAAAGCCCUGAGACCAGGCCCUCGACUUCCUGACCUGGGGCCAGGACACCACCUCAGGCCCAUUUCGGUCUGCACAGUGGUUGGCUGGAGCCCCCUCGUCCUCCCAAGCAAGGGGUAAGGUGCUUAGCCAGGAGGAAGGACACCCCAGGACCCCGGGGGAGGGGCUGGGCCCACCCGGGCAGGGCCAGACCAGCCUAGGACGGGAACCCCUCAAAGCAGGCUCCAGAAGCACAGGGCCCUGGCAGCUUGGAGGCCUGGAGGGGCUCAGGUGGGCGGGGGGUGGGGCUGGGCCGUGAAGUGUGGAAGGCCAGGACUCCCUCCAGGGCCAGUGCCCACUCGCCACCCUCUGAGGGGCCUCCGCUUAGCCUGAGGUGCCUUCCUGAGGGCGGGGCAGGCCAGCCGGGACCCCGGCCCCUCCCAGAGAUGGCUCUGAUCUGCCUUCUAGCCCAGCUGAGGUCUCAAGACCCCAAACAACCCUUCCUCCAUGGCAGUGCCCAGCACUGCCCCCCACCCCCGGAUUCCUGGGGGUUCUGUGAACUCUGCCACACCUGCCCUGCUGGGGAGGGGUCUCCAGAAGCAAUCUAGCCCAGCCCCUCCUCCCAGCCAGCCACACCGCCCCUUUUGGGCCUGCUGCUGGGGUCAGUGGGCUUCCUAGGACACCAGCCAACCCCCGUGGGGCCCAGUGUGAACAGACACCGAGGUGUCCCCGCCCACCCACCUAUUACAACCACUCCGAAACAUUCCAAGGCCUUUCUGCAGGGCGCCCCCCCCCCCCAAUCAAGCGCCCCUGGUGGCUGGCGGGGACACCGUGGUCGGGCCCACAGCCCUGAAGACAUCCAGUGCCCCUGGGUGUCCACGGCGGGACCCUAGCAGUGCCUGGGGCUCCCCAGUCCCUGAAACUCGAUGGGAGCCCCCGUAGCCCCGAUUCUUGCCCCUUCAACGCGCAGGUCAGUGUUUCUGCCCUUACCUCCGUUGGCCCUGGGCGUCCACAAAUCCUGCUCAUGUUGCCACCCCUGGUUACUGUCCGUAUCCCCGAGAUCAGACCCCCAACCCCAGCUGUCCCCUGCCGGGCCAUCAUGGAGCUCUCUGGGCACGGGGUCACAUCAGACUGGGGGCUCUCUGGUCUGUUCUCCUAAUUUGGUUCAGGGCUUCCCGCAUCCUCUUGCCAGAUUAAUCUGCUGGCAUGGACGGGUUUUCUUGGGGAGGUGAAGGGCGUCUUACUUUGCAUUGUUUCCUAGUUGGUCAUGGCCUCUGCUGAAGCACGAUCGAGUUUUAUAGGUUUUACACAUUUCAUACGCUAUAUAUGAUUUUUAUGCCCCGCCCUGCUGAUCCUUACUGGUCUGUCGGCCCUUUUCUGUUCCCUUACUGGUCUGAAGCUUUUCUGUUCCCUGGUCCUGCCCCCCGACCACCGGGCAGGGUUCUCUCCCCACAGCCUCACAUUCUAGUGUCUCACUCGCACCGAGUGUGGCCUGAGCCACAGAGCUCUGCUGGGGCCUGGGGCAGGAGACGCUCCGGCUUUCCACUCCUUCUGCAGUGUUUCCUGGGCCCUAGGGGGUCCGGCACAAAGCAAGCAGAGCCCCGUCUCCCGCACUGUGUUCUGGGGCAGGACAGCCAGAGACGGGGGCUUUCGGGUCAGGGCCGGGGAUGCAGAUGAUGCAGGCCGCGGGGAGGGUGGGGGCGGGGUGCUAGGCGGGCAGGGCUGGCCAGCGUCGCGUCGCUUAAAGAUCCAAACCCCCUCAGCUUCUCCACCAGACUUGGGAGAGAUUCUCGGCACGUGACCACUGCCAGCAAAGCUCCUGCCUGCAGCCACCCGGGCCUCCAAGACCUUACCUCCUGAAGAGAUGAACUGUAUAGAAUGUUCUUUCUGCUCCUGUCGGACAAUCAUCUGAUUCCUCAUCUCACAAACACGUCGAGGCAUUUUGUGAUGUUAUGCUGUCCCGCCGUCUUAAGGGCCAUUCACGUUGGAUCAGGUUAUUACUUUGCGAGCAUUUUGGAGUGGUGCGUGUUUGGGAUUAGGACUUGUGCGCACCCGUGACGGAUCUGUCAUCUCCUUUGCUUGCCCCGCCCUCACCUGGUUUCAGAACCAGGUUGACAUGGGCCUCACGGAAUGAGGUGAGCUGCUUUUCGGUUUCAGAGAGUUUCCGGAACAAUUCCCAUUAGACAACUUCACGGGGCCUUGCAACUCUGGCACCAGCCACCUGGACAGGCAUACGGCCAGGCCCUCCCGCGGGCGGUGGCUUCCGUUACUACUUGUAUUUACUGCAGUUGUGGGUUUGUGCAAGUGUGUAUUUCCACCAGCAUCAAUCCUGGCAUUUCGUAUCUUCCCUCAAAACUUACCCACUUUUUAAAAAUUCUGUUACUUAGGGGCGCCUGGGUGGCUCGGUCGGUUAAGCGUCCGACUUCGGCUCAGGUCAUGAUCUCGCGGUCCGUGAGUUCGAGCCCCGCGUCGGGCUCUGUGCUGACAGCUCAGAGCCUGGAGCCUGUUUCGGAUUCUGUGUCUCCCGCUCUCUCUGCCCCUCCCCUGUUCAUGCUCUGUGUCUGUCUCUGUCUCAAAAAAAUAAACGUUAAAAAAAAUUUUUUUUAAUUCUGUUACUUAUACAUAAUCAUUCUUAACAUCAUUUUUAGGUCUUCCUCUCUGUUGCGUCUGUUAAGUUAGUCCUUCCUUCUGUAUCUUCUCUUUGCGUUUAAAAAUACCAUCGAGGGGCGCCUGGGUGGCUCAGCCGGUUGAGCGUCCGAAUUCAGCUCAGGUCAUGAUCUCACAGUUUGUGGGUUUGAGCCCCUCGUCGGGCUGUGUGCUGACAGCUCGGAGCCUGGAGCCUGCUUCGGAUUCUGGGUCUCCCUCUCUCUCUGCCCCUCCCCUGCUCACACGCUCUCUCUCUCUCUCUCUCUC